AUGGAUUUCCGGAAGAUUCUUGGACGAAAAUCGAAGUCGAAAGGCCAGGCUGAACCCAGCCUUGCCCACUGUUCUAGCGGCGCUUCGAGCCGUACCGAGUCGGUAACCACUCUAGUUGAGCCAUAUCCGCCACGCGAAAAAUAUGGUCUUUUUAUUCUACAUGAGCCCCCAGCAGGGGAAACGCAAGUCGACAUCGUCGCAGUUCAUGGUCUUGGUGGCGAUUGGGAAGGGACCUGGACUGAUGAUACCACUCACCAGAUGUGGUUGCGGGACUUUAUACCAAAUCAAUGGGGAGAAGCCAGAGUUUUGUCGUUUGGCUACGAUUCCACUUUCGCAUUUAGUCAUUCCGUGGCGGAUAUUGACGACUCAGCAGUGGACCUGAUCAACAGGCUAGAUGGCGAGCGUCAAGUGCAAUCCGCCAAAAAAAGACCCAUCAUCUUCGUGGCCCAUAGUCUAGGCGGUGUCGUUGUCAAAAGAGCACUCAUGCUUGCCAAUGAACGCUCAGAUCACUGGGGAAAUUUGAGAGAUCAAGCAAGAUGUGCCAUCUUCUUUGCGGUACCUCAUCGAGGCUCAGACUUAGCAUUUUGGGCCAAUCUCGCGACUCGUGCACUGAGCUUUGCAUCUCUUGGGACUCACGGAAAUACCAAUUUUGUGAACGCGUUGAAACGAAACUCGUCAGAGUUUGCGAAGAUCUCAAUGGGCUUUAUUCAGCCGGCUGGGAAGUUGUCCUCGAUCAGAACGUUCUAUGAGACUGUCAAGAUCACAAACCAGCUGGUUGUUGACAAAGAUUCAGCCAGCCUUGGACUCACCAACGAGUUGGCUGUUCCUAUUUCCGGCGCGGAUCACCGAAAUAUUUGCAAAUUUGAUAGGCAAGACAGCCAAAAGUAUAGACCAGUCGCAAAUGCUUUGGCAGCAAUGUCUGAAUUAUUGGCAACGUUAGAACCUUCUUCUAUCAGAGAACAUGCUGCGCAUCUAGCGCGGAAGGCUAAUCAAGCCUGGGAAUCCCGAGUCUCCAGUGUUCCGACGAUCAACGAUGACCUCACCUGGCCACUGCACAUGCCGCAGUAUCAAAUGUGGUAUCACGAUUCGAGUCUCGAUAAUUUUCCAAGGCUUUUGCGAUUUCAAUACGACUGCACCAGUGAAUGGGAGGCUAAUCUGGCGAAAGUAUUUCAAGAGAAUUUGCGAAAGAGAAGAGAAGACGCCCAUGAAAGCCGGCCAGCCCACAUAAUAACGUUUGUCGGUCCUCAGACGCGCUCAACAUAUUCUGGAAAUUUGGCGGUAGCCCUACCACAAUCACUGAUUGGCCAGAUAUUUACACGUUUUCCAGAGUGCAUCGUCGAGACUACCAAUCGGCAUCAGGAGACACGUAAGGAUUUUCUCGACGCUGAUUGGGAUAUUGGCGAGUUGGACAAAGCAUCCCGGCAUUGCUGGAGGGAUCUCCUAGACUCCCAUGCUUCGAAUUGGCGAGCUCUGUGGAUUUUACUCGAGCUCGCGAUGAGAAGUCUCAAAGAGCCGAUUGUUGUAUUAUUGUCAAGUUUCGAUGAAGAGGCAUAUACUUGCCUCAGGAACGGCCUCGAAUACCUACAGUCCGCAAAUAUGUUUGAGUCUGGCAGUGUCAACAAGCGUCGCUGUCGAUGGCUCGUGAUGGGCAGGCCAUUCUGUGACGUACCUGGCCGCUUUAAAGAGAGGAGCAUCAUCCUGUCCGAGGCAGAGGAGAUGGAAGAGUGCCGCUCUGCACUUUACUUUGCAGAACUUCAUGCUCGACGAGAUCGAGUCCAUACUCCAGCGAGCGGAACAAAUCUCUGGAUAUGGGAACACAAAGAGUACAAGCGAUGGCUCAAACAGCCCUCCGGUCUGCUUUGGAUUUACGGCAAACCAGGAAGCGGAAAGUCCACUUUAGCCAAGACAAUAUUGCAGGCUCACGACUUUCGAGCUGAUGGUUAUCUACGAGCCGAUUUCUUCUACAGCGCGCGUGGCGGGCCCGUGGAAACAGGCCACAUUUUAAUGUUGCGAUCUAUCCUCUAUCAGCUACUAACCCAAAAAGAGGAGCUUUUCUCUUACUUUCAACCCAAGUUCAGAAGGCUGAGAGGAGCUGAACCUGGAGCAAUUGCGUGGACUUUUCGGGAUCUUGCCUCAAUAUUGCUCUCAUUCGCUGAAGUUCGCAAAGCAAACGGACCCUUUCAUAACCCGGCGCUGAAAUUCUUUGUCGUCCUUGAUGGCUUCGAUGAGUCCAAUCCCAAGGUCGAUAUCGAUCACGGACCCGGAAAUAAAGGAAAGGAAAUCGAGAGACAGAGGGUGCUCAAGCUGUUCCACAGUCUUUGCUCCACGAAGGGCAGCGCAAUUUUCAGGGCGGUCGUCCUAAGUCGGCCGGACCGCGACAUACGAGACCUUUUGAGAGGAACAUUUGCUAUUGAUGUAAAGAAUGAGAAUGAGAAUGACAUCACGAGAAUCGUCCAACUCGGCUUAACAACGCUGUGGACGCACAUGAAAGAGGAGGAAAAUGAAGAUCGGUAUGUGCAGCCAUUCUCGGAACGAGACUUGGCCUUCGACCUCGACUCAGAUGAGGAAAGUAUCGAAGAAGGUGUCAACGUACGUUCCUCCGGAGCACCCGAAAUCCUUGAGACACCUCAACUGGAUUUCGCGCGGAAGUAUCUGUUGGACAAGGCCGAUGGCGUUAUUCUCUGGGUGGUUAUGAUUAUCAAGGAACUAAUCAAAAUCGCUAAAUCUGGUGUCUUCACGGUUGCAAAGCUCGAAUCCAUGCUCUCAACAAUACCAACGAGUGUCCAGGAACUUUACGAGGAUAUCCUAAGGAGGAUCAAGUCUAGAGGAACCGAGGAUAAGAGACAAUCUCAGUAUAUCGUCUCUUGGCUAUUGUUUACCGAACGAACGAUGCGAGUAGACGAAUUCCGUGACGCAUUUGCAAUGUUCUCCUGGACCAGCUCAAAUCGCACCCGAGAUUUCCUCGACAAGAAUCGGGUAGGUUCUUUCGCAUCAAGUUGGUCUCCGGUGCGGUCACUGCUUGAGAAUACGUGCGGCGGACUGGUCGAGAUAGUACCAACUGAAAGAAAAUCCACCCAGACACCCUGGGAGAGGAAAGGGGUUUCACCUGAAGACCAAAUUCAACUUAUACAUCAAACUGCAAAGGACUUUCUACUCGCUAACCCGGAUCCAGUGCUUUUCAACGUUGAUUAUGCCGAAAGUCUGCGAACUAUUGCAACGACUUGUGUUAACUAUCUCAUAAUGACCUUUCCGUUGGAACGACGGUGCUACUUUUUCUCGCAGACUCUGAUACCAGAACGGGUCUAUGAGAUCUUUGUCAAAUACAUUCAGGAUCGACCACUGUUGAUAUACACCUUUGAGUAUUUGCAAAGUUUGUUUGAGGAUGCAAAUUGGAAGGAGGACGAAAGGAUUUCUACGUUCGCUCCGUUGGCACAUUAUCUUUCUCAAUCAAAAAUUGCAAGAGGAUCUCUCUGGUGGCUUGUCCAGGUCCUCCAAUCUCAAGCCAUGCCGGACGACGUCGGACUACAAUCAGCUGCUUCACGACCAGAGAACGCGUGGCCAAGUGUUCAGGAAUGCAGAUGGGAUUCCACCCCAUCAACAAAGCUUGCAUCGGCACAGCUCGAAUUCCAAUUGCUCUUCGACGGCAUAGAGCCUAAUCACAGUUCGGAGUAUUGUAGCUAUGAUAGCGAGGAAACCGAGUUUCAGCGCCUGCAGCUCCUAAGCCUCCGACGCAAGAGGUAUUUGUGCGAAUGUCUCAUGGCUGCAUGCCGACUAGGGCUUUUGAACGCAGCCAGGACCCUCGUAGCUGCAAAGGCGCCGUUCAAUGGAGUCAACGGCCUUCGACCUUCCAUUCCACUUAAUGAAGCUCGACAAUACCAACACUAUGACAUUGAGAAAUUCUUGACCAGCACCGGAGCAGAUUCGAACCUGGGACCCAUUGGACCGCGAGAACCUGAGGAUCUAGUGUGGAACGUUCGGAGUGUUGACAGUCCACAUUGGGACUAA